CUCCUUCGACGCGCCCCGCCUUUUCCUCUGAGACCGACCAAUGGUGUUCCACUUCCGAACUCGCGCGUCAUUCCCUUCAUCCCGUCUACCUUUGUUGUAUAUUUAUAAUAUUUUUCUCUGAACAUGUAAUUUAUAAAUGAUUUAAAAUAUAAUCACGGCACUAAAUCGUAUGCGUAUUUUCCAAAGCUUCGUUUUUUGAAAAAUCCCGCCAAGCUCUCAAUGGAAGCCCGCUAACGAUAACUGUCGAUAGCUAGCUAACGCUACAGAAGCUAACUUUGGCUAGCAGCUAGCUGUGUGCAUUUGUGUUAUUGUUUUGAUUGAAUAACGAAUUUACCGGCAAAAGCUCCGGCUCGUUCACCGAAAUGACGUCUGCCUCGGCUAAGGUGGGGGAGAUUUUCUCAGCGGCGGGAGCUGCCUUCACCAAGCUGGGAGAGCUGACCAUGCAGCUGCAUCCGGUGUCCGACUCCAGCCCCGCAGGAGCCAAAUGGACGGAGACAGAGAUCGAGAUGCUUCGAUUGGCGGUGCGUCGAUUUGGAGACGACCUGAACAACAUCAGCACUGUGAUCAAAGAGCGAACUGUAGCUCAGAUAAAGAGCACGGUCAAGAGGAAGUUGUACGAGGACAGCAGAGUCCCCAUUUCCUCUGAAUCCCCAAAGAAGAACGUCAAGAAAUCCGCCGUCGCCAUGACGCCGGCGCCCGCCUCUGCUGCUCCCGCCAUGAUCGCCGUGCCGACCUCGCAGGUCGUCGUGGCGACGGGAAUUCAGAGCAGCCCCUCCCUGGCCCCGCCCAUCAAGAAGCAGAAGACGGCAGAUGUGACCCUCAGCGCGCUGAAUGACUCGGAUGUGAACAGUGACCUUGUGGACAUCGAAGGACUCGGCGACGGCUCCUCCAGCAAGAAGCUCAACUUUGACCAAGGAAGAGACGGGACGUACAGCGAUGCUGGCAGGUGGUUCGGACAGAAAUAA